AGAGCCCUUCACACUGCUGGCCACAGCUGAUUCCUGCCUGCAUCUCUACAGCCUGCUGCUGCCUUGAGGCACUCUGAGCCAACACUGUGAAGUGUCAAACUGUGUGAACAUCUGGGACAGGCAUCAGCCAUGCGGAUCCUGUACCUGCUCUUCCCUCUCUUGCUUCUGUUCGUGCAGGGUGCUGCAGGCUCCUCCCUGGCCCCAGGAAACAAGAGGGAAUGUGUCCGGGCUAACGGCUUCUGUGGGUUCCUGAAGUGCUCUUUUCCCUAUGUCAUCAAUGGGAGAUGCUCAAGGUUUUACUUUUGCUGCAGAAAGAUCUGGGGGUGAGACCUUGAGCUACAUUAGUAGGAUGUCCCUUUUGCUUCUGGCUCCUGGAAUCUUCUCCUGAUGUCCUCUCCUCUGCCUGCCUCUGCCAUCACCAGGUGGUGUAAGAGCAGGAGUAGAAGCUCUGCUCCUGCUGGGUGCUCCUAGGCUGGGGACACCUCAUGCUGUGCUGCGUGCGGUUGGGGCAGGAGCUGCUUUUCCUGGCUGGAAUAAAGACAAGCAGUUUGGCAUAGCA